AUGAAAGCUCAACUCCUAGCCCUAUGUCUAGUACCACUUGUUGUGGUAGCCUUCAAUCGUCAACAUGAACAUGGUCGACGCUCUCACCGUCUUUUAAUCCGAGGUACUGAAGCCAAAUGCCAACGAAUUUGCACGUAUCGAGUUGGUGAUGUUAAGAAACAGUUUCCACUCAAGAACUUGGACGCUUCUAUGUGCUCUCAUUUGAUCCUUAGCAGCGCUGAUAUUGAGGUAGGUGGGGAGAGAGAGAUCUUUUUUUGAUAUUGAGGUAGGUUGGAAAAGAGAGAUACUUUCCUGAUUGAAAUUAAGGUAGUUUGAGAAAGAGAUACUUUUUGAUAUUAAGGUAGGUUGGGAGGAGGAGAUAUUUUUCUGAUAUUGAGGUAGGUUAGAAGAAAGAUAUUUCUAGUCGUUUACAAAUGCUUAAUCACCUACCAAUUCCAGCUGACCGGAGAAAUCAAGCUUUCCAACCAAUUAACCGACGUGAUCGAAGAGUACAAGAAGUGGGAUGAAGUCAAGAAACCAGUACUAAUUCUAUCAGUAGGUGCCAACACUUCUGAAAAGAUCUGGCGACGAGUAAUUCAAAGCAGUUUCGUCAGACAUCAACUAGUUCGACGGUUAGUCCAGAUCUAUAACAGUCUGGACGUGGACGGCCUCUCCAUCGACUGGAUCCAAGGUGAAGUUUCCAACCGUGACGCGUUCGCCAAGUUAUUCAACGAACUUCGAAGGCAAGAGAAAUUCCCAGAGUUCGCGGUGUUAACAGCUGCCAUUACUGAUGAAUCCACGACGAAAGAUGGCUAUGACAUUACUGUUAUGAACAGCACAGCCAACUUUUUGAUCAUUGAAGGCAGUCGGCUACAGAAGCAUGAGCAAAUUGUGACCAAGGGCGUGAAGCAACAGGAACCUAAAAGGACUGUGGUAGGUUUAAGCGAUUUUAUAGUUAACAAUAAUAUAAAUCUCCAGGAGAUGAUUUUAGGCCUUAUUAUGACUAAUACAAUUUUAUAUUAGUUUCUUUAGCCAAUACAUCUAAAAACCUACAAAAACUAAAUUUUUUUAUCAGUUUAUGCCUAAAUACGAAACUUUAGGUAUCAAAUCAUAAAUUUAAGAUCUUUAAAACAUAAAAAAAACUGUGGUUGUCAAUAAAUAAAUGCUUGAAAAGUAAUGAUAUGUUAAACCAAUCGCUUUAGGAAAGCCUCGCAAUGGAAUGGGAAGCCUAUGGAAUCCCAAAAAAGAAGCUCAUCAUCGGUUAUUCUGUAGCCACACCAGCAAAGUUGGAAGAUGAAGACGUAAGUUAAAACAGAAUAACAUUCAUACACCUCCAUAAAUGUUGCAAAACGUCUAUCUUUAGUCUAAACAUUGAAAAUCCAAAGAAAAUUUCGUGGGGUACGGUAAAAUUACUGUAACUCAAAAACCGGCUUGAAAUUUUGAAAUAUUUUGUCGGAUUAGUUGAGCAAAAGAAUUUUCUACAAUCACACAAAAUUUCACAUGAAUAGUAUUAGUUUUAAAAAAGUUAUAAUAAUUUUCCUGAUCAGCUGUAUCUAAAACGAUAUAAAUUCAAUCCCUUAAGAAACCCCAAUUGCAGAUUUGUGCCACCCCUUCAACUCCAGACGCUUCAUCCGAACAACCUAAACAAAACCGAGGAAUCGGCGUUGGAGUCCGAGCUUUCGCCGUUGGCUCCAUUUCACCGGAAAGUGCACCAGUUGACAGUCGACGAGCAAUGAGACAAAAGACCCAAUGGGCAUCGAUGAACCAAUUUGGAGGUAUUGCUUUACGAGGAAUCGAAAAUGACCGAGCUCAAUGCAGUGAGAAUCCAUUCCCCGUGCUGAAAACGAUAGUUGAAACACAGAAGUGUUAA